CACUCGAUAUUAAUUUUUCCACACAAGGUUAAAAUAUGUGCGCAGAAGAUUUUAACUCUGCGGCGGCGAAUACGCCGCCCACUAAGCGCCGCCGCGAUGACGGCGAUAAUUAUGAGUCGGAGGAUAUGUACAUAGCCAGCCUGCUCGUCGCUCUUUCUCAAAGAGGCGAUGGCCCCUCUUCCUCCGCCGCUGAAGCCCAGAACCAGACGGAACCCUCUACUUCCGCCGCCGUUAACCAGACGGAAUAUUCCCCUUCUACUGGUCAUCACCCGCCGCCGUCACAGGAUAAUUGCCACACGUGCAAUAUAUGCGGAAGGGGUUUCCCGUCUUAUCAAGCUCUCGGCGGCCACAAAACCGGCCACACCAAACUCUCCGCCGCUGUCUCGAACAAAAGAAAGAAUUCCACCGCCGCCGUCGAGGACGGUCGUCAUAACCCAACUAACGGUGCCAGGCUCCACACGUGCGCCACGUGCGGUGAGAGUUUUCCGUCGGGCCAAGCACUGGGCGGCCACAAGCGGAGACAUUACCCAGGCGUUAUCCGCGGCGGCGGCGGAAGAAGUGGCGGGAGUGCUUCUGAGGUUGACGGCGGCGGCGGCACUAGUGGCGUCACUUCCUCAUCAGGAGACGGAGCUUCCAGUAUCUCCGCCGGAGUUUCGGCGGCGGCUCCCGUUCGGUGGAAUUUCGAUAUGAACUUUCCGCCGCCUCCCCCAGGCGGCCUUGAUUUAACUUUGAGGCUAUGAAUUGUAUCUUUAAUUAACUAAUUUGUUGUCAAAUUACAUAUUUCGUGAUUGGUUUAAUGA